AUAAACCACUCAUCUCCUGCAAUCUACUUUGACCCUCAAUCUUCACUGCCAAACCUCUUUUUCUCCAGUUAUGAUGGAAACUCAAAAAUGGGUAAAUAUCAUUGUAAUAACACAUGUGCUGAUGAUAAUCCAUAUUGUUUCAGCUGCAAAAUCCCUCUCAGAAGCUGAUAGAAUAGUAAACUUACCAGGCCAGCCACCAGUCAGUUUCCACCAAUAUGCCGGGUAUAUAGUUGUGGAUGAAAAUCAGCAGAGAGCUCUCUUCUACUACUUUGCUGAAGCAGAAACAGACCCAACUUCAAAGCCUCUUGUUCUCUGGUUAAACGGAGGGCCUGGCUGUUCAUCGAUUGGAGCAGGAGCUUUCUGUGAGCAUGGCCCUUUCAAACCAAGUGGAGACAUUCUGGUCAGCAAUGCAUACAGCUGGAACAAAAGGGCAAACAUGUUAUACCUGGAGUCCCCUGCAGGAGUAGGCUUCUCCUAUUCUGCUAACAAGUCUUUCUAUGCCUCGGUGAAUGAUGAGAUGACAGCACGAGACAAUCUGGCAUUCCUCCAGAAAUGGUUCACCAAAUUCCCAGAAUACAAAGGCAGGGAUUUGUUCAUCACUGGUGAGAGCUAUGGAGGUCAUUAUGUUCCCCAACUUGCAGAACUCAUUAUUCAAUCGAAAAUCAAAUUCAAUCUGAAGGGAAUAGCAAUUGGAAAUCCUCUUCUGGAAUUCAAUAACGAUCUCAACUCACGGGCAGAGUUCCUUUGGUCACAUGGACUAAUAUCAGAUGCAACCUUUGAAAUCUUCACAUCAGUCUGCAACUUCUCUCAGUAUAGAAGGGAGAGUUUCAGUGGCUCUCUUACCCCCGUUUGUUCUGGAGUAAUGAAUCAGGUUUCCAAAGAAAUUAGCAAAUUCAUUGAUGUGUAUGAUGUUACUCUAGACGUCUGUUUACCUUCAGUUCUUGCGCAAUCCGAGACUUUGAAAAAUAUGCCAACUAGAGAGGGGGUAGAUGUUUGUGUAGAAGAUGAAACAGUUAAAUACUUGAACAGAAAAGAUGUACAGGACACUUUGCAUGCUCAGCUUGUUGGAUUGAAUAGAUGGACUAUUUGUAGCGAUGUCCUCAAAUAUGAGAUGCAAGAUCUAGAAAUACCUACCGUUCAUGUUCUAGGUAGGCUUGUGAGGUCAGGCAUCCGGGUUUUGGUUUACAGUGGAGAUCAAGACUCAGUCGUCCCACUAACUGGAACGAGGAGGCUAAUUAAUGGAUUGGCAAAGGAGUUGGGACUGAACACAACAUCACCAUACAAAGCUUGGUUUGAAGGAAAACAGGUUGCAGGAUGGACACAAGUAUAUGGUGAUAUAUUAUCUUUUGCCACCAUUAGAGGAGCAGCACAUGAAGCUCCAUUCUCACAGCCAGAGAGAUCACUUGUGCUGUUUGAGAGGUUUUUAGCAGGAAAGCCACUGCCAGAAGCAGAAGAUUUACCAUUUGUUAAGCAAAUGCAUCCAUAAACAGCAUGGAUUAUGUCUAUUAAACUAAAAUUCUCAAGAAAAGCAGACCUCUAGCAUACCCUCCAUAUUGAGUCUGUUUAUCAACCAGUCAUUGCAAUCAAAGUUUCUGCAAUCC